AAUUAAAAACGAAUGGUAAUAUAAUAAAUGAUAUUACAAAUACAGGAAGAAGAUAUAACACAAGAAGAGGUAGUACUUUGUCAUCACAUGAAAUUAAUAAAAACGAGAGAAAUAAUAAAAAUGAAAAUAAUAAUAUAUAUGAUAGAUAUACUUAUAAGAAUUAUUCUUACAAUGAUCAAGCCCCAAACAAUACGAAUAAUAAUAAUAAUAAUAAUAAUAAUAAUAAUAAUGAAGAUGAUGACAUACAUAAUGAAAAGGUCGCUAUAGCACUUAAAAAUAAUCUUGUUCAAAAUAAUAAUUUUUAUAAUAAUAACAAUAAUAAUAAUAAUAAUAAUAAUGAUGAUGUGCUUAAUACUAUUCAUAAUAAUGUGUAUAAUAAUUUAUACCAUAAGGAUCCUAAUUAUGACGAUCAUGAUAAUGAUGUAAAUCAAGAUCAUUAUAAUGAACAUAAUAAUAAUAAUUAUUUUUAUAAUACUUAUGAUAAUCAUACCUACAAUACGAGAAAUACUACCAAUAUAUCUAAUUAUAAGAAUUAUGAGAAUAAGAAAAUGAGUUCUAAAACAUUAUUACAGGGACAAAAUAAAAAUAUAAGUACAACAUAUGGUGCUGCUAAUAAGAGAUAUAUAGAACAUCUAGAAGAUGUUUGUGAAUAUGAUAAUGGAAAUAAAAAAAAGAAAAGAAAAGAACAGUAUGCAUAUCUUAUAAGAAAUGAUGACGAAAAUAGUAACAUGAACAAUAAUAAUAAUAAUAAUAUGAAAAAUUUUAAUAACAGUAAUAUUAACGCAUACGAACAAAAUAAUUAUAAUAAUAAUUAUUGUACAAAUUAUACUACAAGUUAUCAAAGAAAUGUUCACAAUAGUAAUUAUAAUAACACAGGUUAUAAUAAUAAUAAUAAUAACAAUUUUAAUAAUAAUAAUAACAAUUUUAAUAAUAAUAACAAUCAAUUUUAUAAUAACAAUUUUAAUAACAACUUGGCGUUUCUAAAUAGUCACUGCAUAUUAACGGAUAAAGAUUUUCAAAUCGAUUCUCCCGAUCAAACAUUUGAUGAUUAUUAUUAUAUGAAAGCACAUGGAUAUGAUGAUAGUGAAUAUUCCACACGAGGAAAAAAUAAAUAUAAUGAUAAUGAAUAUAAUUUUAUUUUUUCUAAUGAAUAUUAUUCAGAUUCUUGUCAACCAAACAGAGAUGAAUAUAAAACCAAUUUUAUCGAUUUAACAAGAGAAGCUUUGUCUUUAAUAUUACAAGAUUUAAAAAAUAAUGUUAUUCCGAAAAUUCCCGUAGGUAUAGAAAAAAGAGAAAGAUAUAAAAAUUCUUUACGUCUAUGCUUAAAAAGUGCUAGAAACACUCAACAUAUGAAUGAAUUAGAGCCAUAUCUAGAAUUAUUCAGUGAGUGUAUAAAAAACAGUAAACUUCCAAGUCAUAUGACAUUAAAGGACCAAUUAUUUUACUUGGACAAAUUAUAA